AUGUUUGAGCCAUGCAAGUGGGAGAACAAGAACAUACUACAUUUCACUGACCUAAUUAGAAAUUCCUAUCUCCCUAAGAAACUGAGAAUCCAGAGAAAACAUUCUCAAGAGGAGUGUCUGCUAAGGACUGCCACAAAGUUGAAUGAGGCUGGGAUAAGCUUUGAGAAGGUUCAUAAUAGAUGCUUACUUGACAUAAAGUUUAAGAAGAAGAGAUUCUUCAGCUGGUUUCUUUCCUUGGGUUGCUUGCCACGUUGCAAGUUGUUCAAAGCUAGGUUUCAAAUCCCCCAGUUGAGAGUGGACCACACAACAGAAUGUGUUCUUAGGAACCUAAUAGCCUUUGAGCAGUGUCACUAUCCUGAGGCGCCUUACAUUUGCAACUAUGUUUCUCUAAUUGACUCUUUUAUUCACACCAAAGAUGAUGCAGAGUUGCUUGUUGAGAAAGAAGCUAUUGUACAUGAACUAGGGUGUGAUCAAGAGUUAACAAAUCUGGUUAAUGGUCUUUGCAAACAUGUAGUGACAGAUUCAACAUGCUACCACAAAAUUAUUGAAGAUGUUAAUGGACACUACAACAACAAGUGGAAGUGGGCAAUGGGUACAUUAAGGUGGGUUUACUUCCGUGACCCUUGGAGAAGUAGUUCUACUAUAGUCGGGGUUGUUAUCCUACAUUUGCAAGAAUCCCCCAUGGACAUGGAAGACCUGCGUAGGCGAGUUGACAAGUACAUGCAUAUGGAAGAAAUGGCUGAUUUCUGCAACCAAGCUCGAGGCGAACACGUUGCCAAGAUAGAGAAGUCGGUGGAACAACCAUUCCGAAGUCAAAACAAGGAGAUAACACUUUGA